AUGAUGACCCGAGAGCAUCAUCGCCGGCGGAGCCCCGAAUCCUCUCGCCGUCGGCGCAAAGAGCGGCGCGAUUCUAGAGAGCAACUUCGGAAUCAGCAAUUAGCACUACCUGCACCGCCUCCGGAAGAGGAAGAACGAAACGAACUCAUACACCUUCGAUCGCGUGCACCCUCGCCCCUUUCAUCGUCAUCCUCCACUUCUUCCUCCUUAUUAAAUAUCUCCCGUCCCUCUAGGAGAUUCGGGCUUGGCGCGUUUUUUGGUGGCGGUGGCGGUGGGCGGAAGCAACAUCGUGUAAAAAAGAAGCGUAGCCGUUUUCUUCGGUUCGGGAAUUCUUCCUCGUCAUCUGUAGGCUCGGAUCUUGCCUAUGGAAGAGGGUACGUCGAACGGCAGAGGAGUCGCGAAUUCAGCCCCCCUAGUAGUAGUGCUGGUAGGCCGCGUCCGAAACGUGAUCAGACGGAUGAAGAAAUACUUGAAUUAGGAAGACAGUUUGCCGAGAUUGCUAGACAACAAAAUGCCGAAGAUCUUAAAGCAGCUGGGAGGAGCCGGCCGUCGACAUUGGUUGGUGCUGCGGCGGCCCUGACUCAGUUUCGUCGAACAAAUAGCGGGAACUCGAACAGGGGGGUUGGAAGCUCUAAACCCCGCCGUGAUGAUUCUUCAGAUGACUCGGAGUGGGAGUCCGCUUCUGAAGACGAGUCAUCGUCCAGCGAGUUUGACUCUGGCCUUGCCUAUGGCUCCUCGGGACUUAGCCUGCCUAAUACUAUUAACCAGCCUAUUCCCCGUCAGAGUACCCCUAGCUCUUCACGUUCCCCCCGUCCCUCUCAAGUUUCAAUUUAUGGCCCCCCUCUCCGCCGUAAAUCUUCGGUGGUCGAUCCGAGCCUCUUCGGACCCGUAAAUUCGCUCCGAGGUUAUGUUGAGGCUCCUUGUGGGUUUGAAACGGUUGACCGAUCCACGGUUGUUGGAUCUCCGCGACCGUACGAACCUUCAAUAACUCCUACAAUAACUCCUAGUGAAGCUACACCUGAUAAUCGCCCGUUACAACUGGUAUAUCCAGCUCCAACAUCUGAUCCAAAACGCUUUGAUGUUUAUAAUGGCCCCGUCGUGUCUAGCCAACAGGACUUGUCUGCCCCGCCUCGACCUGCACCAGUACCCAUACAACAUCCAAGGCCCAUAGUGCAGGUGCCCAGGAGAGUUCUCGACUCAGUGGAAACGGGUUCUGGAUACUCAGAGCAUGUGUCAUCUAAAAAAGUGCCCGAAGAUACUGUUGUUGUACCAGGCUCUGAUCGUAAAGAUGACCACAACAAGCUCGAAGAGAAGCGUGAUCGUGACAAUGAGCGCCGGCCAAAGCGUUCAGACGCUGGCGUACAGGCUCGGAAGGGUGAAGAGCGUAAGAGUCAUGAUAACGUCCCUCCGGCUCGUAAUGAUCUCACUGAAGUACCUCGAGAAACGCGGUUUGGAAAUGGCCUAGAGUUUAAAAGAGAUUGGCAUUACCGGGAAAAGAUAGUGCCCGAAUUAAAACGGAAGUCUGAAGAGGAGGGACGCCGUCGUGACGAGCACGAUGACGAUAGCUCUGAUCACGAUCUAACGCGUAACAAGCGCAAAAUCGACCCAGAAGAUGAACGGAAGAUUAUCCGCGAAGAGACUUACGAAAAGGAACGCCGUGGCAGAGACGGUGCCAAUCGCUCUAGUGUGGGAAGCUACCAACCUGUGAAUGGCCCCGAGUAUCCUAUGCGAGAGGGUCCAAUUGAUCCAUUUCAGUAUCAAGUAGCUGAUGAUGCUUUUCAGACUCCUCCUUACACGACACCGAAACGACCUCUAACGCCGAAUGUGAUAACUGUAGAUCGCGAACCUAAUUUCUCCCCGGAACGACUUAGUCGGAAAGACUCUUAUGAGCGGGAACUUCGUGAUGCACAUGAAAUAUACCAAACUGCUGAGCACGCGACGGCUCCUAUAAGCGGGGUUGCAUUUGCUGCCGCCGCUGCGGCGGUGAUGGCUGAAGAUCGCCGUGGACGUAGUCAUAGCCGAGGUGGCGAUGCUAGCUCUAGGAAUAGAUCGCGACGGGAUGAAUCCCCAAAACGUGAAAAAGAUGCUGUCCAAGAAGAUGCUGACCGUUAUUAUCGGGAAGCAGAACUUGCGCGCAGAAUCAAGGACGCGGAGAUACGGGAUGCCGAGUCUUCGGUUGUAGGUAAAUGGAAGCAGGACCAGCAACCGGUGAUUGUGGAUGUUGUGUCACCCCCAGAAAUGGAUCACGCAAAGAAGAAGAGCGCCUACGAUGCGCCCGAUGCUGAUGUCCGUAUUGAUAAUGUUCUAGAACAUCCUAAUGAGCUUUCUCGUUUUCGAACGCUGGAUAUCAAAGGUCUCACUAGGAUCCCCGUAUUCACGGCGAGAGACCCUUCCGCUGAACGAGAGCGGCCGAUGCUUAAUAUCGUGCGGCCUACGCCUGUUCCCACACCGAUUCCAGAAGGACAGCGACACGCGGAAGAGCCUCUUCCUAAGCUUGUCAGGAAGAUUGAUAUUCCUCCCCCUAAGGUCGUAUCUGACGUAGUUACUGAAUCUCGAAGCGAAGUAGCCCCGGCGCCAUUGAUAGCAAAAUCUGUCAGUUGGGGAGAGAAUCAGACAAAACGCUACGUUGUGGAGAGUCCGGAGAGAGAGGAUGACCCGUAUUCGGGGACUAAGAUUGUGACGCCUGCUAAGCCUCCAAGAAGUCGGGCCGGGAGAAAGAGUUCUUGGGGAUUAGCAUCCAUUGCAGCAGCUCUCGGUGGUGGCGGUAGCAAUAAAAACGCGUCUUCGAGUACAUCGGGGCAGACUGCUGUUGUUGAAGCGACCGAACCUAAAAAAGCUUCAAGGAACGGAGACGAACCCGCAAAUCGUAGAGCUUCGGUCCCAUUCAAGAGCACAUAUGAUAGCCCACCUAUCCCUGGUCCCAAACCCUCCAACCUAAAGGGUGCCCAGAUGCCGGGUUCAUUUGCUGAAGACCCGGUUUUUACAGCAAAUAUAGCCGCCGCUCUCGAAGGCAGUGGAUUUGACCCUAAUAUCGUUAUUAACGAUGCAAGUUUUCAUAAGCGUGAUUCACCGCCUGGGCCGAAUGACUUUAGCGUAUAUCAAGCACCGUUUGUGGAGUCAGUGGCCGACUUGGGAACAGUUGACGGUUCAGGGACUACCACUUCACAGGGUGUCCGGGAACAUGGUUUCGUUAUUGGGGAGGUCGAGACGCCACCUGACGAGAGGGAUAUCUCGACCGAUAAAUCGCGAAUUCUUCCCGAACUCAACAGCGUAGAGCAGCGCAAGCAGGACAAGGCCCUCGAACGAGACAGUGCCGAAAGGCCCCAUGCUAUUGUCGAUGGCAGUGAGGCUAUACGACUUUCGAGAUCCAAUACAGAAGACGACUGGGAUGUGCUAUCGAAUGAGUUUAGCAAAAAGGAGAGAAAGAAACGCGAGAAAGCAGCAAGAGCUCAAACAUUGGAUGAUACAUUAAUUGGCAAUAAGGCCCGAAACGAGCAAAAUCUAGAGGCGGAAUUUUUCGCUGAAGGGGAAGACAGCUCACCUAAGAAAAGGUCAAAGAAGUCGAAAAAGGCUGUCGUUGUCCAAGAGGAUUCGAGACAGCCUGACAUUGUAGAGAGCCCCAAGGUUGUAGCUCUAGUCGAUGGUAUUCGGGAUGUACAAAAUGUCAAUACUGUGCAGAUUGACACGUUAGAUCGUCUAGAUGAGAGCAACAAGAGAUCUAAGCGUGACCUAGAAAUAUAUAACUCGCCUUCAAUACCCACACCGAAGCCCGAUACUUCAAAGAACGGGCCGAGGGGGCCUGGUGGAGCGGAUAUCUUUUUUACUCCUGAUGACGAAUCUGGUAGUUCAAGAAAGGAUAGCUGGAGGGCUAGGCGAGACUCGGGUGGAUCUUUUUCGAGGACAGUCCUGCCAUCGGAACUUUCAACAGCAAGCUCUUACGGGAUAAUCGAUACCGCGGAUAGUAUAAUCGAGACCGAAGAGGAGUGGGAUACACCGAAAAAGAGCAAAAGGAAAUCGAAGCGUGAUAGUGGGGCAUAUGAUUCACCACCCAGGUCUGUACCAAUCUUGGAGGCUGCCCCUGACCUUGUUCAAAAAGUAGACGUUACUUCUCUUCCUAAAAGCGAACAAGGUACUCUAAGAAAGGGUAAAAAGAGUAAGAGUGGCUCUGUUGAUGAUGAAUUUGCGUUUCCGACUGUCCGUGGCCUCGAAGGCUGGGACUCGUUCAACGAGUCAAAGAAUAAGUCUACGCAAGACGCCAGUGCUCACGACUCCCUGCCGCGUGUAGCGCUCCCUGUUGAAGAUCUUUACGAUAGUCCAAAGGAGAUGAUCGAAUCCGCCAGUGAUAUACGUAGUGAAAAGACAGCUGCAGCAGAAGAGGAGUUAGAUACACCGAGGAAAUCGAGGAAAUCGAAGAAGUCUACGCGAAGUUCGAUUCCAUACGAGGAUCGGCCCUCAACACCUCAAUCCGUAGCUCCAUCUGAAGCCUCCGUGGGAAGUUCCAAGAGAUCGAAACGGGAUUCCUAUCCUGAUCCGUUAUCGACGCCAUCAAGGUCAGCUCCGGCCUCUGACGCGGGUACCGAUGAUUCUCGGAAGAAGAGCAAGAAAAAGAGAAACGUUCCCGCCAAUUUACCUGAAAACGAGAAUGAUCUUACUGAAGGAGGACCGUCCGAUAAGGGAAAGGGUCGAUCUAAGAUCUUAGAUUAUGAUGCUGACUCUGUAGUUCCGAACCAAGCUCGUUACGACGAUAGCCAACCGACUAGUAACCAGACAAGGGAUGACAAGGCAGACCAAGCUAAAGCUGUGACCUCCACUCCGAGCAGUGCUGGUAAAAAGGAUCGCAAAGGCUCUACGAGUUUCUUCGGCCGCUUAAAAUCUUCAAUUGGGAUAGUAGAAGAAAAGGAACCUCUACGCAAAUUGGAUGAGGACAAGAAUGAUCCUUUUUUAGGUAAUGCCGGCAUCCUUGGCGCAGGUGUCGGCUCGACGGGCGAUGCUAUCAUGUCCCAAGAGCCUCAGCCAAAUGCCACCAAUGCUCCUUUGGAUGAGGAAUCCCAAACCGUCCCCUUCAUUCCCCAGAGACAAUCAACUUUAUCACGAGAAGCAGAGCUUAUCGACCCCGAGAUUAUCCCGCGGGAAAUUCGGCCUGCCAUAGAUCCUAAGCAUGGUGACCUGUUACCUUUACCUCCAAGUCGCUCUGUGUCUCCUCUUUCUAAGCUUGGCGAUGACUUUCCACCUCUACCGGAUAGCCGUCCCGAGACACCUGAGAAUGAACGACAUUCGCGCGAGGCGCCUACUCAUACUCGUCGUCGUAGCACCCUUGAAACGCCGACUAGGCCAAAAACGCCUAGUCAAAGCGCGAUACCUAUCCAAUUUUUCCGUCCGGGGCAUAGGCAUACACCGAGCAAUGGAAGAUCUUCACCGUCGGUGUCACCAAUAACUGCCACUGUAGAAUUCGGAAGCGAAUCGAAGAAUCGUUCUCGCCCAGCAUCCUGGGAAGCCUCUCGGGACUUCAAACCCUUACUUCUUCUCCAGAGGGCGCUACGGGGAUCGAUCGACUUAUCAAACUCUCCCGAGAGAGAAUCUUCGCCUUCGGGGUCUGAACUUCGUGAGCGAGGCUCGCCUUCAUCAGCCCACCUGAUUCUAGAGUCUCCCGACCGAGACCACCCUUUCCGCGAUAAUAUCUUUUCCGGACCACUGUCAUCGCCAGCUGUGAUAUCUGCAGAAAAACCAGAAAGCUCGCAUGCGGUUGAGAAAGCCCUUCAACUUGAUGAAGACGCCUUCAGGCAACUACCUAGCGAAGCUUCAUUCCACCGAAAUAGUAGAGCAGAUGGUUCCCACUUGUCUCCUCUCCCUGAAGAGUCAGACUUGAAGCUGGCUGAGGAUGAUUCUCAUAGUCCUUUCAGCUCGCCAACUUUCUUAGUAGCCCCUAGCAUUGGAGAUCGAGGUGAUUCCAUCCAAGGCCUUCUCAAAGAUAACUUGGAGGAUAGUGUUGUUUCAACAGAAGCAGCGAUGCCUAUCAUAGGAGAACCAGAAAUUACGAUCACAUCUGAUGACCGUAGCUUAAGUCAGGCCAACGAGGCCGUUGUUUCUACAGGAACACCGCACGAAUUUCUUCCCGUUUCGGACUUCUUUCCUGGAAGUAAAACGCCAGAUUCGAUCGAUACCUUCGAUACUGCUCUGAGCAACGCAGGUGACCAUAGACCUCUAGAAUCUAGUGGUUUCUUGGACAAUGGUCAAGACGACGAUAAGAUACAAGAGAGGGGAUUGAGCGAUAUCGACGAAUUAUUAAUGGGCUCGACUAAUACAAAAGCUACUCCGCUCCAAGAUGAAAUUCUCGGCGGUAUUGCAUACGAGCGAAUUUCGCCUGCUGGACAAGUGGAGUCUGUACCGGCUAUUACCUCUACAAAAGAUGCACUAAAGGCUUUGGAAGAAGACCUAGAUGAUAAUAAAUCGAUCGAAACACUGGCGCCCGAAUCCUCCAUAUCAGAAGUGCACGAGGAGCAACCUUCAAUUGAAGUGCAGGAACCCGACUCUGAUGCCUCGACUAUUUCGCAGAGUACAAGUACUACGCUAAACAAAAGCAAGAAAAAGAAGAACCGCAAGUCUCAAUCUGCGGAGCUUAGUCUAGAAAGCCCACUCAUAACUACGGAUACUCGAAACGUAGAACUAGACGAGCUGCCCUUACAUCGAGCUGGUGAUGCUGUUCCAGUCUACAGCAACCUGAUCCCCACCGAGAAAUUGCCUUUGGUCGAAGAGAAACCGGCCAUUGUUGAAGAACUCGCUUUCGGCCACGAAGAGCCAGCCAUACCUGAGUCCAAGACACCUGAGGUUGAAGUAGACAGUCCUAAGAUUGAGCUACAGGUAGAGCCAGAGCCAGCUCCUAUCCCAUUAGAUAUAGCCGCUGUUGAGAAGCCUACUGCCCCUGAAUCUGAGAUUGCCAUACAUCCGGAAGUAUCUAAUAUUGAGCUGGGAGUUCCUUCAACUAACCCGGAACGUAGUGUUGUCGAGUUAGAGACUACUGCGACUGAACCAGAGAUAUCCUCUACUGAGCCCAUAGCGACUCCUGAACCAGUACUUCCAAGCGGCGAAGCAAGCACGGUGGAAACCAAGCUGAACGCUGGAGAAACUCGUAUCGAAGAGCCAGAGACCUCUACCGUUCAGAAAGACGUCCCUGCUACUGAAGCUGAAUUAACCGGAGUGAAACCAGAAACGCCUAACGCUGAACUAGAACCGGUUGCCAAGUUAGAGCUGACUACAGUCGGAAGCGAGACUCCCACUAUUCAGGCAGAGCCUACCAUAAUUGGAGUAGAGUCAGCCUCUGAACAAGAAUCAGCCCUACCCAAUGCUGAGCUAGAGAAGCCGGAGCAACUUGAGACAACCCUUGAGCUUUCUCCUAGUGCCUCUGAGAAAGAUGAGAAAAAGGAAGAGGAUAUUCAGCGGCCAUUAUUAGAGAAUGAGGAAGCCGAACCUGUCACCUCUGUUGAAGAACCAACCAAAGAAGCCGAGGAGUUAACACAGGAGACCAGCGUAGAGAGUCCCCGUGCACUUCCUGUUGGCCCACAAAUCUCCAGUCAAGAUCAACCAGAAGCUACUUCACCAGAACCGCGUGAUGGCCAAUUGGACUCGCCUGAGGAAAUUCCUACCAUAGAGACGUCCGAGAAUGAGGAGAACAAGACACAAACAACAGUACCUGAGCCAGAGGACCAAGUUGUUGAUGAACAAAUCUCAGCCCAGGAGGAAGAGGGUCAGCCUCUUUCUAAAUCACCGCCUCUUCCAAUAGUGCAAGCCGAGGACCAGCAACCUGAUACUCCUGUGGAAGGCUUCGCAGAAGCACCAGCUAGCUUGAUACAAACUGAACAGCAACCAAAUAUAUUUCCCGAAAAUCAAUCAAUUAGCGAACAGGUGCUCCAAGAAGAGCCUACAAGGCCCAGUGAUGCCAAUUGGGAUAACGAGAAGACGUCACGAGAAACACUUUCUCCAAACCAGCCGAUGGAGCCGAUAUUGAGCAACCCCGCGGUUGAUAGCCACGACGAUUUUCAGUCUACAGUCCCCGUUCUUGGACAAGAUGAGCAGCCGCAAUCGGCAUCGAAAUCAGUUUUAGAAGAGACCCAUUCGCCUGACGAUUCUAUAAAGCUUGCAGUUCCUAUUGUGGACGGAGAACAACACGAUGAGCAACCCACUUUGACUGAAACUAACCUGCAGCGCUCCAUCGAACAGGCAUCAAACGGCUCGACAUUAUUGAAGGACACUAACGUGGAUGAAUCAUCGCCGCAGCUCGAUAUACUUAGCGGUGAAGAUACUAGGGACCAGCAGGGACCUGCGCCAACCGAUCUAACUGAGGUUCCGCUUUCUAAGCCCGACUGGAGCGAGAGCUCAGAAGACAAGCAAGACAAAUCAACCGUACCAUUCCAAGCGGUAGAGGAAGCACCGAGUUUAUUCCCAGAAACCGAUGAGGCCCAACCGCCGAGUCUUCCCAACGAAGUGAUCAAUGAAGAGGCACGGGAAACGACCCGAUUAUUAGAUGAACCCGGCAGCGAGAAGGGGGAAAGCAAGGAAAUGAGCCAAGACGUGUCAGAAGUGGUUGACGCUUCUGCAUUAACUGGUCCCAAUCCGGAACCGGCGCCCCAACCAACACCCUUUGAAGCUGAUGUUAACGAGCUUCAAGUCGUUAGCGAUGUUCCCAAACAGCCGUCCCAAGACCGCGAUAAUGAAUUGGAUGCGUCACUCACGAAGGUGCAGUCUGUACCUCAAUCAAUUGUAGAGGAUGCGCAGAAGCCAGUUGUAGAACAAGCUGAACCAACUGCGGAUAUUGUUUUGUCUGAACCAGAUACCUCUAGCAAGGAAUCCCAAAAUAAGAGCGAGGAAAGCCAAGUGGACACUACCGAUGCAAUUGAUGCACCUGCAUUAAGUGGAGAACUAGAAUCUAAGGAAUCUGAGGAAUCUAACAAAUCUGUGGGGGAGCCCAUGAUUGUGGAGACAAAUAUUGAUAGCAAACCACCCCCCUACUCUCCCGCUCCCGCUCCCGAAGUUGACAAAGUUGACGUGACAGCUGUCACUCAGGUGGAAAAUCAAGCCCCCGAGUCCGAGUCAACCCCUAGCAAAGAAGAGGAAGACGAAGAAAAGCGUGGUCCUAUCCAAGUCGAGACUGUCACUAACAAUAUUCCCCAGGAAACACCGGAAAUUCUGGAUGCGCGGGUUGAUGCGGACAAGGAAGUAACUUCACCUACUCAACUUACCACUGAUAGAAUUAGCGACGACGCCCAAGCAGUUCAAGCAAAAGAAGAUACGGACGGGAAACCUGAAAAUAUCUCUACUGACACUAAGGAAACGUCAGCAUCUGUCAUCUUAUCAGAGAUACCAACCGAGCCAGUUGUCGUUUCCGAGGAUACCGCACAAACCGGAGAGAGUCUUGGUUUAGAUCUAAAUCCACCUAGCAUUGAAAGAUCUGAGAAGGACGAAGAAAAGCCCCAGAGCGCCCAAUUUCCUGGACCACUCGAACAGGGAGCUAUGGAGACUUCGCCGGAACCGGUCGGUGAGACCCCUGCGCCUGGAACAAUCUUCAACCCCGACUGGGCCUCUAUUGACCUACCGCCCCCACCGGAUUACUUACCGGAAUCCGAGGUCCAUUCUCAAGAGGCAUCGGGCAGUUUUGGUGAUGUAUCGAAAGCUCAACAAGAACCAUCUCAGGAUCAGCCAAUAGACCCAUUAGAUCAACUUAUCCAACAUAUUGAGGCUAAGACCAAAUCAAAUACCCUUGACGACUUACGAGAUGGGCCAGACCUAAAGGAUUCCGACGUUGCUGCAGGUACCCAAGAGCAAGCUCCCCAGGAAGAUGCAGAAGUUUCAAUGGAAGCCCAAAACAGUCUACUAGCAGAGGGCGCAUCAAAGGGCGAACGUGACAUCGUUCAACAACCCUCAGGAGAAAUCGUACCAGCGGUGCAGGAAAGUGCAAACGACAAUCUACCUACUGAGGCAGACGCUGCCCAAGAGCCUUCUACCCGGGAUGAAUCCCAAACCAUACCAGUCCUGCCAGCUCAAGAUACUCUCCCCACUGAACCCACCCCUACAGCAGUCCUCGAGCCACAGGAUAAUAUUGAACAGUCUUCAGAAAGUAUGACAAAUGACAGCGUUUUAGCAAUCUCUCAAGUCGGCGAGCCAACUCGAGCUAUGCCUACUUGUUCCGAAGAUGAUCUGUCGAAUCCUCUUACAGAGCAUACUACCCUCAGCGAUUCACAGGCUGAGUCUAACCUGUUAGCCGAGGAUAAGACCCAAAGCACUAUGGAAAUAUUGCCAACGAUUGCGGAAGAGGGUGAGAGCGAAGAUCAAGACGCGCUCGAUUCUACAAUAGGAGCAGUGGCGCCAAUAACCGAGCCAAGCACAGAGGUCCCUUCCUCAGACCUUAUCGAAAUGCCAUCCACUAUAUCGCAAGACCAGACUAAUCUAGGUGAAGCCGCGUCAGAAACUCCGGUGAUAUCUGAACCAGUGGAGUCGGUGUCUCAGCCGCAUCAAGAUGACCCGCAGAGCCCUAUAAAUAAGGAUAAAGGAAAGGAGAAGGAAAUUAGCCAAGUACAGGAACGAGAACCCGAGUCGUCCCCCUUACCAAUAGAACCUCCGACCGAACAGACGCAAUCCCCUACUCCCGAGAGCAGUCAACCGCAAGAUGUGAUGCCUUUGGACUCACCCUUGGUUCAAGAGAUUAAGACGGAGCCACACCUGACUGAGCAAGACCCGCCUGACCUAUCCGAUUUACCUACCCCCGGAACGAGCAAGACUGCGACCAGCACAUUGGAUAUCUCUCCUUCUCCAACGAAAGAGGCUGAGCCGCGAGCAUCAGAUGUUACGGGUACAACCGUCCAUUCUCAAGAUUCUGAGCAGGAACCAGGAGUUCAUACAGACAAGGCAGGUGACGAUAUGUUGAUAAUCAGGCCUGAGAUCGCCCCAAGUGGAGAAGUUACAAAUGUCCAGGACCAGGAGAAAACUCGACAAACCAAUGAUCUAACUGAAAACGCUAUGCUAGAGGAAGAACCCGUGGCUGAGCCUGUACGCGACGACGAAAGCCUGGAAAACGUGGUCACGCCCAGGCCAAAGAAAAGCAAAAAAGGGAAAAAGCGAGGAAGCCAGCCAAUCUUAGACGAUGCGGCAUCUAUACCAAGCCAAGAGACUACCGAAUCCGCCCCAAGCAUGCCAGCAGCCGUCGACGAAACAAUAAAUCCUACGAAGAGCACUAUGCCUAUAAUUAGCGAAGAGCUUUAUCUCACGCCCUCGGACAGAGUGGACGAGCUUACCGAAACCGCAACUACGAUAGUCCAACAAGAUGAUUCCAGAUCCCCCACAAACAGUCAAUCUCCCGAAGCCAAUGUUAAGGAAAUUGCAGAGCAAGAAUCUAAGAGCUCCGAGAGCGUCUCUAUCGAAGAUAAGGAAGGUGAAGAAAAUAAACAACUAACCCUUCUAGAUGACAACCUAUCCGAGCAAAUUCCAGAGCAGGCAGCUAAGGAAAGUCCAGUGGUGCUUUUCACAGACGAACAAAGCGAAAUUCAAGCCUCAGCUUCUACAGAAACCUCGAAGGAAGAAAAGUUGGAUGAACCUGUCUCUCCUCGAAAGAAUAAGAAAGGAAAGAAAGCUAAGGGGGGCAAUUCUCACGACGAGAAUGUCUCUGCCCCCCAAGUCGAACCUAGUCAAGUAUCUAUGGGCGCAAUAGACAAUCAUGAGGAGACGGAUAUUGGCAGAUCUACCCCCCAGCAAAGCCCCGAAGGUGCAGACAUUAUUGAUCUUGGCUCUGCUGAAAGUAAAGACAUAGAAAUCAAGGAUGUUGGUCGUUCAGAUGAUGUACAGUCACAAGAACAAAAUCAAGCAGAAUUUGAGUCUGCAACUCAACUAGGCAUAAGUGAAAUUGCAGAGACUGAAAACUUAACACUCGAGAGCUUAAAGGACGAAAAGGUUGAGGAGGCGGCUCCUACUAAGAAAGGCAAAAAGAAUAAGAAAAAGAAACGCGCAAGUCUACGGAAAGAUGAGACAAUUUCACAACAAGAGUCAGCUCAACUCACUAGCGAUCUAGCGACUGGUACAUCCGCAAUCGAGCAGGUCAAUACAGAGAAGCUCUCUGUUUCAGAAAAUCCUGCAGAGCAAGGCGCUGCAGAUCUAACACCUGGCCAAAAAGACGAUGGAGAGAAGAAGCCAUGCACCCAGGAACCCGAACUUGAGGCCGAGGUGCUGCCCGAACCGGAGCCGGAUUCCAUCCUCCAGCAACCAGAGUCGCCUAUGGAAGUCAGAUCUACCAAUAUAUCUCCUGAUGUACCUCCCAUGAGCAUUGAAGAUACAAUUCCCAUUGAAGAGAAUUACUUGUCUAGCUUGCCCGAAGUACCGGCCGAGUUCACCAGUAUCGAGGAGGCUCCGGUUGUAAAUACAGAGGAUAAUAAACCUUCUGCCGAGGAGAACAUACUCACAGUAGUGCCGCCCCAGAUUGUCGAGGAGCAGGUUGAAAGGGAUACGUUACUAGAGCCUGAUAUUCCUCUAUCGGAUCAAACCCCUCCUGAAAAUAUUGCCACUAUUCCUACGUCCGAGGAUCUCAACCCCGAGGAUACCGCUCAGUCAGUGGUCGUCCAGUCAGAGAUCGUUAGCCAGACACCAGAGGAGCAGACCAAUGUUGUUUCCUCAAUUCCCCCGCGAGAGGAGCCGCUACCCCAGGGACUAGUCCAGUCAGACGAAAAGCACGAGGAAACCGUAGAUCCUAUCGCAUCCGAGACCCCGGCUGAAGUAGUACAGCUUGAUGAGUUCUCCAGGUCAGGAGAAGAUUUGCAACCAGCAGAAUCUACCCAGCUAGAGGCCGCAGUAUCAGGAGAGCCCAUGCAAACCCAGGAUCUGCCAACACAGGAGCCUGCGCAAUUAGAGGAGCCAAUAGCUACGGAGGAACCGUUGAAUCAGGAACUACCCAAGCCAGAAGAGCUCACUCAACCAGGCGAAUCUGAGCAAUUAGUCUCUGUGCCACAAGAUCUUUUGGAGGUAGAAGCACCUGCACAGGAAAAUUCAGUACAGCCAGAGGAGUCUACACAACGUUCGGGACUGGAGUUGCUAGCUCAAGCAGAAGAACCUACACAGCUAGAAAGUUCUGAAACCCCUAUUCAGGAGCUCCCCGCCACCUUGGAUGAAACUGAAUCCAUGCUGACAAAGAAGUCUAAGAAAAGCAAGGGAAAGAAGAGUGUUAAUCAAGCCGAACCAGAACCCGCAUCAGAAAGCACGCAGCUAGCUGAAACUCAGACUCAAAAAGAGUUACCAAAACGGUCUAGAGAGCAACAUGUGGACCAACGUGCUGAGCAACGGGCGAGCUGGGGUUUCUUUGGAGGGCUUACUGACUCAUUCAAGAGUCUCCUGAGUAUACAAGAACCUAUGACGACCUCGAAAGACAACAAAAAUACAGAGGACCUCCCCGAAAUGCCUACAAAAUCAGAGUCUAAGCCAGAGGAGAAGGAAGCCAGCCAGCUUGAAACGGAGCCUACACUAAAAACCGUGCCCUCAUCAGAACCAAUAGAGCAAUCCCAGCACCUCGAUAGUCAGUUAAUCGUUGAUGAUACGUCCACAAUCACCACAGAUGCUGUACCCGAAGAUGUCUUACCUGAGGUGGCUACAAGUAAAAAACCCAAGAAAAAGAAGAAGAAAGCAAGCCAAGUUAGCCAGGAGCCCGAGUCUAGCGCUACGGCCCCUCCAGAGUCCCAAGCACAACCAAUUUUACCCGAGGGGUCUCCCAUACAAGAGAGCCAGGAACAACUUGAUACUCCGCCUAAGGUAGAACAUACAACAGCCCCGAGGGGGGAGGAGAAGUCCAGAGAAGAUCCCUCUCAAUCUUCUGGUAGCAAAAUGUCCAAGAAGGAAAGGCGAAAGAUGAAAAAAUUAGCUGCUUUAGCCGCCGAACUGUUUCAGCCCGAACCUGACUUGAAGGCCAAGGACGAACCAGUAGUGCCUAAAACAGUAUCAGGCCCCUCAGAACCACCCACGGAGUUAGUAAAUUCAAAUUCGGAAGUGCAAAAUGCCCCUAUUACGACCACUACAUCGACGAGCGUUCAGGAAGAGAGCUUACAGUCGCCAACAGUAGAGGCUGAAUCCUCGACUCAACCUAUCCAAGGACACGUCGGAGAUCUUGCCGAAAAAAUUGGUGAAGAAAUAGGCGAGACCUCACGCGACGUACAAGAAUCAAAGAAAGCUUUGGCCGACAUCCCUGUCGAAGAUCUUGAGAAAGAAAAAGAGGCUCUGAUACUCAAUACUCUUGAACCAGGCACUGAAAUCCCAAAUUCCGACCCGCAGUCGCAAAGUUUGCCAGAUGUCGAAAAGCAAGAUGAGACGGCAGUUAUCACAGAACCUUUAAUAAGUGAAGAACAAUUGCCUACAGAGUCAAAUGAUAUUUCGGAGCUCGUCAAGACACCUAAGAUAAGCGCUACCGAGCAACAAGAAUUGCCUAUCAAUGAACAACUCGAUACCGACCCUUCUACGCCGAAGGAACCAGAACCUCAGCCUUCCCCUGUUAGCCGCAAGAAGUCAAAAAAGGACAAGAAAAAGAAAAGAAUGAAUGCCCAAACCGGAUUAGAAAUAGGCUCGGGAACCCAGACGCCUGUAAGCCAGGAACCGAAUACAAGUCAUAAUUCGAGCGACGUCAUCGCAGGGGAGCCCACGGCUCAGGGACCGGAAAGGACAAUGGUAAAUGAGGGUGAGUGGCCAGAAUUCCCAAAUAACCCCCCACAAGACGAGACACGCCGCAAAGCGUCGGGCACUUCUACUCCUCUAGAGUCCAUAGAAGAUGCACUGGCAAACGCUUCUCCGGAUACAGUAGCAAAAGAGAACGCCCCGAGAAGACUGACUCCAGAAAAUAUCUCAGAAGUCGAAGGGCAAGGUUCUAAAGCAAAGGACGUCGAAGAAGGAAUCCCCCCCAAGCCGAAAGACCAAGAUCAAAAUGCUGAAAACAUCAAUAUCAGUCACCCUGACGAGAACAGCGUAGAAGUUCCGGGAAUUACUCAACCGCCGUCGCCCGUAUCGGAGCGCCAUCCUGGCAAAGGGCCUCUUAGCGAAACCAGACAAGACAUUUUGGACCACGUCGAGUUACCGGAGCCUGUCACCCCUCCUCGGACUCCGUCAACGGUUGCCGCACACCCGGUCAAUGUUGAUCUUUCGCCAGCCCAGCUAAGUAGCCAUAUAGAACAUGAGCGUCCAUUCGAUCAGUCACCGCAGCCAGGCAAGAGGAUUAGAACCUAUUUGUCCAGCGGCGACCCUACGAUAUCUGAACUCUCUCCGACUCAACUCAAAUUUCCUCGAAAUACCGAGAGCUCAAGCUACGAUGCCCGCGGGCUGUUACCACCCGCAGGAUCAUACAUCGCAGAAACCAGUGAUAACAACGUCGUUUCACAUGACAUCACUCCUGCCCGAGAGAUUGCAGUCUCAUAUUUUGAAUCUCAGUUAAUUACAAAGGCUAAAAACUCUCAUAACGUCGAAGAGAAUAGUGGUGUCAAGAAAAUUAGCACUUCUGGUUUACUCCCGGUGCUCACGCCACAACGAGAGAUUGCCGCUUCAUAUUUUGAAAGGCAACCUUCAAAUGAGAUUCAACCUCGCGACGACACGCCAGAAGACACCACUGGAGAACAUGUAUUCAAUGCACCACAGGUAGCAAUGGGCGAGAAUAUGUCUACUUCACCUGCAGAGUCGCAGUUAAGUCAAUUAGAUCCCAGGCAUGUAGAAAAAGAAUCUCUUUCAGCUCAACCUGAGGCUCGGCAGCCAAGCCCUAUUCAAGAUACGACCACGCCAGCACGUAAGAUUGCAGCUAUCCUUAUGGAAUCCCACUUUCAUUCAUCUAAAAAUGCGAAGAUGCAUAAGGAUACAGACUCUCCAGUUCCGGAAAUUACUCCUGCAGCGCCCUCGACUGGAGAGGCUGCACAUUUAACUGAGAAGUAUGCCAACAUGAAAACGCCAAACACACAAGAUAUACUUGAUAACCGUGUAGUUUCAGAAAUCUCUGAGCCCAAGGCACUGGAGGAUAGGCACCCAGAGGUUAAUUUUCGGCCUGAAAGUCCAGGUGGCCGUAAUUUUCGGUCAGGCUCCAACACCCCACCCCUGGCUCUUCGACGCACGGGUAAACGAAUGAGCGGUGACCUGAGAUCUUUGAGUUCCAACCUCUCCAAUAAUAACAAUGCCUCGAGAGAAAAUCUCCACCAAACCCAACAACUUCAGCAAACCACGAUACCUGUGGCUAAUGAGGGCCGUGUUCGAGCCAAGGACAUGACGGACGUAUAUGAUGGCUAUGGCGAGGGCCGCAUUGGAUCCCCACGAUCUCCAACCCGACCACAGAGCAUGCGUCGUCGACAAAGCAUACAGGUUCUAGAACUCGAAUCAAGAGUCGAGCAAUUAGUGGCUGAAAAUCGCGCGCUUGCCGAUGAAAAGGCCCACGUCGAACAAAACAUAACCCAUCGAACAGCAUCUGCCGUUACCGAACGCGAUGCCGAAAUCGAAAGUCUUAAGGCCUCACUCGAAUGGUUGCACAAAGAAGUCAAUCGAUUAACUGAGGUUAAUGAAGGUCUUCACAGCGCCAAUAACGUCCUCGCCCAUCAGCAUAAUGAGAAAUACAAACGCCUCGAAUCCCAGCACGCGUCGGCAGCCAAAGAACUCGAACGCUCCCACCUAGCUCAAGAUAAUUACGAUAGGACAAUACAAGAAAAAGACAGCGAGAUCCAAGAGCUACGUGCUCAACUCGAGGUUACCAAAGAGCAGGUCAGGGAAAUGCAACGACAAAUACUUGCCCAUAAACCUCCCGAUGCAGACUUCCUUCGUCUUAAAGAUGAAGAUCACUUUGAUCAUCGUUGCCAACAAUUGUGCCAACAUGUACAGCAAUGGGUCCUUCGCUUCUCCAAAUUUUCCGACAUGCGUGCUUGUCGAUUGACGAACGAAAUCAACGACGAAAAGAUUAUCGACCGAUUAGACAACGCAGUCUUAGACGGUUCCGACGUUGAUCAAUACCUCAGCGACCGGGUAAGGCGUCGCGACAUAUUCAUGUCCAUGACUAUGAAUAUGAUUUGGGAGUUUGUCUUCACUCGUUACUUGUUCGGCAUGGACCGGGAACACCGGCAGAAGCUCAAGUCUCUAGAGAAGCUUCUAUUAGAAGUUGGACCGCCGCAUGCUGUCCGCCAGUGGCGCGCCGUAACAUUGACGCUACUGUCUAAGAGGCCAGCGUUUGGUGAUCAGCGCAACCAGGACACCGAGGCCGUUGUACAGGCCGUCUUUCAAACCCUAUGCAUGAUCCUCCCGCCUCCGUCUAACCUGGAGGCACAAAUACAAUCCCAGCUCCGCCGUGUCAUGCGCGAAGCUGUCGACCUUUCAAUCGAGAUGCGUACUCAGCGGGCUGAAUAUAUGAUGCUACCGCCAUUACAACCCGAAUACGACGCCAACGGCGACCUAGCACGCACUGUCGCUUUCAACGCAGCGCUCAUGAAUGAACGAUCAGGAGACUCAAUCCCUAAUGAUCAAUAUGAAGUCCAGCGUGCCAUCGUCCGCACGGUGCUCUUCCCACUCGUAGUUAAAAAGGGCGACGAUAACGGCGUUGGGGAUGAGGAGGUCGUCAUCUGCCCUGCACAGGUGCUCGUCGCCAAGCCCCCACGUCACGCCACCAUCCGCAUAGUCACACCCACAUCCGACACAGGCGGCCCGCUAUCGCGAGGCGCCACUCCCUCCGCAGCUGCUCCUAGCACCGUCAGUCUUCAGAUGCAAGACGCCCCCCUCCCUAUGCCAACUCCCCCGCAAGAGGCCGAGUACCUAGAAGGCGGCAUCUAG